UUUCAUGUGGCACAGACAAAUACAUGUACAAUUUAUAAAUCUCUGAAAACAAGCUAACUACUCUUUUAUUUACAUAGGAUGUGACUGUGGAUUGCUGUCAAAAUGAGUGAAACGCCUUCAACUAGUUACUCUGUGAAUCACCCAAACUCCUCCGAGAGUGAACAGAGUUUAUCCACGCGCCACUUCAAUGUUACUGAACCUGUCGUGGCAAAACGGAUCUGUUUCUAUAAAAGUGGAGAUCCUCAGUUUAAUGGGAUCAAAAUGGUCAUUAACAACCGGUCUUAUAAAACAUUUGACGCCUUGCUGGAUAGUUUGUCCAAACGGGUCCCGUUACCUUUUGGAGUAAGGAAUAUUAGUACACCAAAAGGGAGACACAGCAUCACCAAUCUGGAGGAUCUUGAAGAUGGAAAAUCUUAUAUUUGCUCCCAUCAGAGGAAAAUGAAGCCCAUCAACCUGGAACGGGCUAGCAGAAAGCCGCUGCCCUGGCAGAUCAGCAGACCUGUUAGCGCUCGCCGUCGAGCUGUGCAAUUAGCAAGGGAGAAUGAAGAUGGAUUUGGCCAUCGAGAAAGCAAAAUAACAACUCCCAAAAAGAUGCUUGUUUUCAAAAACGGAGAUGUAAGACUUCGACGCACCGUAGUUCUGGGAAAGAAAAACACACAAACCUUUGAGGCCUUUCUGGAUUAUAUGAGUGAGUUAAUGCAAUAUCCGGUCGUGAAACUAUAUACCACUGAUGGCAGAAAGGUUCCUAGUCUUCAGGCCCUGAUAUUGUGCUCUGGAGCUGUAGUCGCAGCGGGGAGAGAGCCUUUUAAACCAAGCAAUUAUAAUUCUCUUGGGUAUUCACAGCCUGCUAAAUUGCUUGGAAUUGCAAAUCGUGUGUACCCAAAAGCACAUGCCAAGUCAGAAAGUGAAAAUACGAGAGCUGAAAUGGGCUCUAGCUCAAGAUCUCAGAUAUUCUCAGUUUCUUCUGAUAAAGGGUCCAGCAAUGAUAACAACUCAAAUGAUAACAACUCAAAUGAUAACAACUCAGAUUCUUCCUAUGUUCUUGAGGGUCAUAAUGGUAUAGGAGGAAAUCAGAUAGUUACUGGGGAAGACUUAUCUGUGGCACAGUAUGAAGAUGACAUUGAGAAAUCUGUUCAUCUUAAUCAAGAUGGCAGUAUCACAGUGGAAAUGAAAGUUCGGUUCAAAAUUAAAGAGGAAGAAACCAUUAAAUGGACAACCACUGUAAGUCGUGCUGGCCUUUCUGAUGACAAAAAUACCACCAUCUGCAAUUCUGCAAUGUGUGCAGAGGACUGCUUAUCAGAUGUAAAUGUAUCAGAACAUAUAAAACCAAAAGAUGCUCCAUUUUUGGAGAGCUACAAUAAAGAAGACGGAGACUCAUUACAGCAAUUCAAUGCAGAAGUGUCAGACAAAGAAUCAGAGCCUGAUUUAAAAAAUUCUGGUUGUAAUACCUAUAAGAAGAACAAUUCUGCAGGUCUAGAUGGAAGCGAUGUACCUGAGGAUAAUACCAGGCCUCGCUUUUAUAGGCCUCCCACCCCUGGGCCAAGGCGUGUUAGACAAAAGAAAGCAGUAGUUGAAAGUGUCACCUUGGUAUCUGAGAAGGAGGUUCAGGAGAAGACAAUAGGACAGUUUUCCUACAGUGAGGAAAUACAGAAUGGAGAAAAUAAGUCUGAGUAUUGCAUGGUAGCUCAUUCGAGAAGAAAAAAAUCAAGUGUCAGUAAUCCAAAGUUUAAUGAUAUAAAUGACAAUGAUUUAGAGAAUAUAAAAGAAGAAAUGCUUUUUAAAGUAAGCCACAAAAGUCAUGAUUUAAUAGAAACCACAAAUAGGAAGACAUUAGAAGUGCCCGAUGAGGAUGAAUUGGUACAGAAUAUAUUAGAGAAAUCAGUUGUGGAACAAGAUUCAGUGCAUUCAACCCGUCCUGGACAUAACCAGAUGAAGAUGAUGGUAACUCCACGUCCUAAAGCUCCCAUCGAGAAAAUAAAUAAAAAAAAUGUAUUCUUUCCCGUUACUGAAAGUGAGAAUCAAAUCAGUGUCAGGACUGAACCUGUGAUGCCAACACAUGUCAUUGAUGACAGCCAAUCUGCAUUUUCCCUCACCAAAAAGAAGAAGAAGAGAAAAUCGUCUAACUUUCUAGAGCAAGGUACAUAUGAAAAUCAAAAAGAUAAAGACAUUUCAGGGAUAAUUAAAAGUGAGGGAAUGCAUAUCACAAGUAAAACCACACAGGAUUCCACAACACAGGCUAUAGAUAAUUAUUCUGAAAUACCUCAGAAAGAAGGAACGGAUUUUUUUGUAAAAAGCAAUGAUGAGUCUGUCAAUUCAGACAAAAGCAUAUGGCCUGAAGAUGAGUCCUACCACCAGGAUUCAGUGGAACAAAAUGGAUUAUCAUCUAAUAAAAAACCAAGAAGUAAUAACAACAAGUUGGCCAAGGAAGGGAAUGUAGAGAAUAGCAAUGUCUGUGAUUUUCCUAAAGAAAAUACUGAUGCUUUUAUAGAUAAAGAAACAAGAUUUGUCACAAAUAAAGUACAUGUGACCGGCAAAAACCAUCUGGUUGAACAUAAUCUAACCAAGAAAACAUUAAAGCCUAUUGGUGAAUUGGGAACUUUAACAGAAUCAGCCAAAGAUUCAGGUGAAAAACAGACUGACUCUUUGAUUCAUGCUAAUACAACUAUAGUAGAAGAAACCAAGUAUUCCGUAAAGUCGGAAUUUCAUCAUGAUGGUAAGCUACACUUGUUUCAUGAAACACAUGACAAUGAUAAAAAGUUGUCAGAAGUUAAUAUUCAAGAUAGCAAACUAUAUAAAAGAAAAUCUGAAGUUGCUGUUCAAGUCGAUUGCACAAUUGUCAAUGAGAAAAUGGGAACUGAUGUUCAGAAUAAUUGCAUGUCUAGCAUGUUGCUGCAUGAACUACAAUCAACUUUGCUUGGUCUCCAGAAAGAACACAGUGGUUGCAUAGGCAAAGCUUGCAGCCUUUCAGACCUUUCUCCUUCAGCUUUUGGUUCUUCUUCGAAUGUCCUCCUAGCUUGGCUACUUGUACUGAAUCUGAGAGAGAGUUUGAUUGGAACAAUCAAAGAUGAUAUGCAAAAAACUACCUGCAGCUGUUCUGAAAUAUUUACACAGUUACAAUUUCUGAAACAAACUACAGUCAUAGAAAAAGUUGAUGAACUGAAAGCUGCCUUCUCACAUUUUCAACAAGCGACAGAAAAUAACUUAUUGCAUAUUGGGAAGGAACUCAAAAAGCAGGACUACACAUGUUGCCAUGAGAAUAUGCCCACAGCUGAAACUCAUGAUGGUAUACAUUUGCAUGAAAAUGAAAAGUCAGUUGAGCUUUGUAUUCCAAAGGGCAGUGUAAAUUCUGAAGAAGCUCUAAAAUUGACCGGUGAAUUAAAAAGCUGUUUUGAUAUGCAGAAAGAUCUUUAUAGAGCAACAGAGACUUUAGACUUGAGUGCUCCCAAAACACAGCCAGAUUGUCAAUAUGCCAAUACUAAUUCAAAUACCUGUAGCCUUGCAUCAGGUAUAGAGCCACCUGAAAGAAAUGAAGAAAUGCCUGACAGCCUAUAUGAAAAAACUCAAGAUAAAAACAGUGAUACUUCAUUCACUAAUGAAGAGUCAGAAACUUCAGUAGAACCUAACUCGACAGUUCAUAGUGUAACUUCUAAUGAUAAAAAUGGCAUUUUAGAUCAGGAUACUUCAGAGUUAGAAGGUGAAAAAGAUAUACGUGUAACUUCUAAUGAUAAAAAUGGUAUUUUAGAUCAGGAUACUUCAGAGUUAGAAGGUGAAAAAGAUAUUAUACGUGUUACUACUGAUAAAAGUGAAGAUGAGAAGGUUGAUCCAAAGUCAGCAGGUAAUGACAAAAACCCAAAUAACCAACUUAAACUAGCUGCUGAAACGUCUGUAGAAUAUAAUAAUGAGGAUUAUUCUGCACAGAGAGACAAGGAAGAAGGAGAAACUUGUGAUGAAACCUCUGAGAGGUUAUCUACAGUCUCUCCAUUAUCAUUUUGUUAUGAAUCAAAGCAAGUAACAGAAUGUGAUAUGAGUGAAGGAGAACAGAAGUUGCAAGUAGAAGAACUGGAGAAUAAAAUGUGUUCAGACACUUCUCAAUUGAAAAAAUGCUUAAAAAGUCCUGCUACAUCAGACUGGUCAGAUUACAGACCAGAUACUGCGGAGAGCGAUUACAACUGUAGAGCAUCCAGUGAUUUGACCAAUGAAAGUGGGGAGGAAGCAGUACUUGAAAAACAUUACAAUACUGGCUAUGUAAAAAGAACUAUUGAAAGACUUUAUGGGAAGACAGAAGCUUCAUUUAAGCCUGACUUUCACAAAGGAUUUCCUUAUAUGUCAAAAGUGUUUCAAAAGGAUACGGAAGAAUUCCACUCUGCAGAAGUGGAAAAAAACAUUUAUUUUUCUCAAGAACCUAGGUCUUGUUCUGCAGAGAAAUUGUCACGUUCUUCAUUACCAUCACAAGAAUUCCAAGUAAAUGUAAACCAAGAUGAUGCUAUAUCAAGAAGAGAAAAUACUUCUUUACCAACACCACAACCUACCCUUAACAGCGAAAAGAAAAGCUAUACUAAUGACCGUUCAGAGGACUCUCCAAAGCAACAUUGUCAACCUAGCGUACGAGCUAAUGAAGAUGAAGGAAUAUUGAUAGAUAAAGGCAAAUGGCUUCUCAAAGAAAAUCAUUUGAUAAGAAGAUCUCCACCUGAACGGAUUGGAAUGUAUGGUAAUUUGGAUACAACAUCAACAGACACAGUCCUUGAUACUAAUAGUGAUGAUGUUCCAUACUCCCACUUCGGCAAUCUGAAUCAGUACCCAGUCCUUGAUGAAAUCUCUUCUUCAGAACUUGAAGACAUGGCUAAACCCUCUGAAAAUUUUUGCAACUACUUCAAUAUACCUCAUAGUAGUGAUUCAGACCCCUUUCAGGAUGACUUAAGCACAAAAAGCAAACCUAGCCGCAAUGGUAAGAUCACUUCCCUUCCUGCAGCAAAGAAAGAAAAGAUCAAACCAUCAGUCAUGGUAGGUUCUACUUCUGCACAUCUUUCCACACAGGCUGAUACCAAUUUUCCAGCCUUUACAUCUGUGGAAUUUAGAUUGCCGGAUAACAAAGUGCAUCCAUUGGAACAGCCUUUAAAUGAUGAACCCAUACAGUCUCAGCCAACUGAUGUUAGUAAUGCCAACAGAAGUGCUCUUCAGGAAGAAGAUUCUCUGGACAAACUCCAUGCUAUAUGUGGCCAACAUUGUCCAAUACUGAUGGUGACAGUAACACCAAUUAAUGAGGAACAGCGAGGAUAUGCCUACCAAAAGGCAUCUGAUAUUGAGAACCAGCUGGGUCUACAUUUGUUGACCAAAAAGAGUGAACAUUUGCAAUGGUCAGACGAAGAUUUAAUAACAGACAACAAUAAUAAUGUGACUCUGAAGAAUAACUGUAUCAAUAAGAUUGCCAAUAGUAUUUUUAAUAGGUUUUAUGCUAAUAACACCUUAGAUUUUAUUAGUAACUUUGGGACACUUGCAUCUUCAACUCUGAAAGACAGAAGCAGUUUAGGGAAGUUACGUGUUUUAGAGGAUAUGAAUGUAAAACCCUUGGAAGUCAGCAACUGUCAAAAUAAUGUAUCCAAACACAUACCCAGUGAUCUUGUGAUAGGUCGUGGACCUACAGCAUUUUUCAAACAAAUAAGUAAAUCUCACAACACUACUGUGGAAUUUCAAGGUCUUGAGGGUUGUCCUCAAAGAUGA